CCGGCGCGUGCAGCCAUGGGGGGGCGGCGGCGGGGGGGCCGGCGGCGGCCGCCUCAGCGUGCUCAGCCCGCGCGGGGGCCGCUGGAGACGUUUCCCGCGACGCUGGGCGAGUCCUUGGAGGGCGGCGGCGCAGGGGCGGCGGCCGAGGACGCGCAGGGCGGCGCUGCCGAAGGCUGCCGCCGGUGCCCGCUGGCCAUGUGGGAGCUGGGCCACUGCGACCGGAGGCGCUGCACCGGGCGGCGCUUGGCGCGGAAGGGGCUGGUGCGGCCGCUGCGCCUGGGCCAGCGCUUCGGAGGCCUCGUGCUCAGUCCGAUGGCGGCGCGCCACGUCUGCCCCGCGGACAGGCAGGUCGUGGCUCAGAAUGGCAUUGCGGUGAUUGACUGCUCCUGGGCAAAGCUGGAGGAGACACCAUUCAGCAAGAUGAAAGGAAACCAUCUCCGGCUGCUGCCCUACCUGGUGGCUGCAAAUCCAGUGAAUUAUGGCCGGCCCUGCAAACUUUCCUGCGUGGAAGCUUUUGCUGCUACAUUAUGCAUUGUGGGAUUCUCUGAUCUUGCCACAAUGCUCUUGCAAAAAUUUAAGUGGGGAGAAGUAUUCCUUGAUGUGAACAGAGACCUGUUGGAAAGAUAUGCAGCCUGCAGCUGUGAAGAGGAGGUGCUGAGAGUUGAGAGAGAAUUCCUGACCCAUGCUGAAACAAAAGAAGAAAUAGAUCCCUUUGACAUUGAUUCUGGAAAGGAGUUUGCUAAUCUCAACAGGCCUGCCAGAGCCUUAGGAGUAACAGCUGGAGAUGAAAGUUCAGGUGAAGAAACAUCUGAAGAUACUGAUGAGGGCGUGACAGUGGUGGAGGCAGCAGUGACAGCUUAGAAGAUCUGGAUGCAACACAUAGUACACACAGAAAGCCAGCUGAGUGGGAGAAAACAAUGGACAGAUUAGGGCACCAAUCCUAAACUGAUGCAGAAGGAAGUACCAUUGAACUCAGCAGUGGGUUUUAUUUCUAAAACAGCAUGCUUAGAAUAGGUCAUAUGAUAGCUCAGUUUAACCACAAGGGCAAGCCACCUAGUUGUAUAGUUCAUAGUCUAAGGCUUUUGAGGACUUUCUCUUGUAGAAAACUGCCUCCAGCUAGUGAAAGCAUUCUUGUCUUUUUCUUGUAGUAUACACAUUACUGCUAUUAGUAAAAUAUAUUGAGAUAUAUUUUGGUGGAAAUAAACUGGGAUGAGUUUCUA